CAGCGGCUCAAGGUCGGAGGCUAUUUUGCGCUCUGGUUCCUGCUCUCGGUCGGCUACUCCAUCACAAACAAGCGCGUCACCAACGCGCUGCCCUGCCCGUGGUCGGUCGCGACGGCGACUGUCGUCGUCGGCUCGCUCUUUGUCAACCUGCUCUGGUUGACCGGCCUCCGGCGCCGGCCUCGCCUUUCCGCAGCCACAUACCGCGCGUUGAUCCCGAUUGGUACCUUCCACGCCAUCGGCCACAUCGCCGGCACAGUCGGCACGGCGGCGGGGUCCGUCUCCUUCGCGCAGGUCGUCAAGGCAGCCGGCCCGGUCUACGCCUGCGUCCUCUCUGCCGCAGCCGUCUCCCUCCGCGUCUGGCUCUCGCUCGCCCCGAUCAUCGCCGGCGUCGGCCUCGCGACCCUCAAAGAGCUCUCGUUCGCGUGGGCCGCGCUCCUCGGCGCCGUCGCCUCCGACCUCGCCCUCGCCCUCCGCAACGUCCUCUCCAAGCAGUCGAUGGGCGCCCUCUCCACCUCGGACGGCGACAAGCUCGCGCCCGCGGACAUGUUCGGCCUGCUCACCUGCAUCUCGGCCGCCGUCUCUGUGCCUGCCGCUCUGCUCGUCGAGGGGCGGGCGCUACCCGCCCUGUGGGCGAGCGCCGCCGCAGGCUACCCUGCCGGCUCGCUCGGCCUCGCCGGCCAGGUGGCGGCGACGGGGCUCUACUUUUACGGCUACUCCGAGGUAGCGAUGAAGGCGCUCAACAACGUCCACCCGGUGACGCACGCCAUCGGAAACACGAUGCGGCGCGUGCUGCCGGCCCGCGAGGCGCGCGUGGUCAUCAUGCUCGUCUGCAUGGUCGCCUUCCGCACGCCGAUGACGCCGCUCGGUGCGUGCGGCUCGGCGCUGGCGAUCGGGGGCUCGUACCUGUACGCGACCGUCAAGCAG